AUGAAUACUAAUCAAUCAUCACGUUUAUUUUCUCGAUCAAAACCUAUACUUAACGAAAAUAAUCCAAAUUUAAUCCUAACAAAACAAAAUCGAUCUCAUCAAAUUCAUCGAUCAAUGUCAACAUCUAAUUAUAUCGAUUUGACAAAUCCAUUAUCUAAACAAUCAAUAAUUAAUAAUCAAUUAAAUACAAUAAAUUUUCUAUAUGAAUAUUUACAAAAUGAAAAUCAUGAUGUAUUAAUUGAUUUACUUGAGAGAAUAGUUCAACAAAUAAAUAUAGAUCAAUAUUCAUAUUCAGCUAUAAAUAAUAAUCAUUUUCAUUUAUCCCCAACAUUAAAUCCAAAUUUUCAAUUAUCAAAUAAUAAAGAGAAAAAAACUAAAAAACAUAAAUCAGAUGAGAAUGGAAAAAAAGAAUCGAAAAAAGAAGAUAUUCUUCAAGAUAAUGAAAUAAUAAAUAAAAAAGCAAAAAAAGAUAAAACUAAAGAAAUCGAAGAAACAACAACAACAACAGAUUCACCAGUUUCAACAUAUACAAAUCAUUACAAAGCUUCACCCGAAACAAAUGGAUUUUCAUCUCUUUCUAUUCCUGUACCGCAUUCAGGUGGUUCAUCUACAAUAGGUUUUAUGUCACCUAAUCCAUCUCUUGCACAUCUUCCUCAAGUACAACAACAAUUACAAUCAUUAUCACAAAUGGCACGUGAUGGUGAUGAAAUUUUAAUAACGUUAAGUGUCAAUGCAUUAACUCAAAAACAACCAAUUAAAACUCAACAAAAUUCUUACUUAUUACAAUCAUCGAAUCAAAUGAUGACUACAUCAACUGAAUCUACGAUGCCUCGUAAUCUUGAAAUUGUAGCAAAAGGUUUUGCACGUGUACAAAAUGAACAUUCACAACCAUUCAUACCGACUAUAAAUCAACAACAACCUAUGAUUCAUUCAUAUACUCAACCAACUCCUAUGAUGCCUUAUCCAUCUUUUGUACCUCGCUAUUCAGCUCCAUGUAAUUCUAUUAAUGGUCUGCCAUCAACCCCUAUUGGGCCACCUAUUCACCCUAUAAUGCCUUCAUCUAAUCCGAUCAUGCCUGGUGGAUUUGUGCAACCACUUAAUUGUACUGAUUUUAUGAUUAAUAGACGAAACAAUUUUGAUAAUACUCAUCAUCGAUCACAUCUAAAUACUGGCAAAUGUGAUUAUUUAUGUCAAUCUUCACUCUAUCAACCAGAUUUUCGUGGACGACCAUCGCCAUUAUUGAAUUUUUCUGCAAAACGAUCUUCGAAGCAUAAAACAAAAAUAAAAUACAAUGAAGAACAUAAUAUUAUUUCCGAAAAUAUUAACCAAACAUUUUCAUCUAUUUAUUAG